UGUAAAAUGAAAGGAAGAGAGGUUACGGGAGAAUUACGCAGAGAAAAGGCACUCUCAAGACCCACCCCAAAACGUCAAGAAACGACACCAAUUGUGAAAAAGGGAAGUUAUCCAAAUGACAAAAAUCAAUUGCGUCCAAUUCCAAAGUCUUCAGAUUCCCAGACUGAUCAGCCCCACUGCAGUUUCUGCACAACAAAAGGAAGUUGCAGAGUUGUGCAAUCAAGAACAAAACUAAUGAAAAUUCUUAUUCAAAGGGGGAAACCCCAGGAAGCUCAAUCCAUCUAUGAUGGAUUGAUUGAAGGAGGUCACAAACCAUCACUUGUGUCCUACACAACCCUCCUUGCUGCUUUGACAGCUCAGAAGCAGUUCCAAUCGAUCCCCGAGAUCGUAUCACGGGUGGAAGAAAGCAUAAUGCAACCUGAUGUAGUGUUCUUUCAUGCUGUUAUAAAUGCUUUAUGUGAAGCUGGGAACAUAGAGGAAGCCUUGAAAACUUUUGGGAAGAUUAAGGAGAGCAGACUCAAACCCGCUACUAGAACAUACAACACUCUGAUCAAAGGGUGCGGGAUUGCUGGUAGACCUGAAGAAUCGCGGAAAAUCUUGGAGAUGAUGUCACUUGAGGAAAAUGUGGAACCCGAUAUUAGGACUUACAAUAUACUUGUCAAGGCAUGGUGCAGGGUGAAGAACAUUGAGGAGGCUUGGAAUGUGAUGCAUAAGAUGGUAGCUUCUGGAAUGAAACCUGAUGCUGUUACUUAUAAUACGAUGGCGACGGUAUAUGCUCAGAUGGGUGAGACUGAUCGCGCCGAGGGCAUGAUCUUGGAAAUGCAGGAUAAUGGUGUGCAGCCUGAUGAGAGAACUUGUGGUACAAUCAUAAGUGGGUAUUGUAAAGAAGGGAAGCUGAAGGAGGGCUUGAGGUUUGUGUAUAGGAUGAAGGGUCUUGGGCUGUGUCCUAAUCUCGUCGUGUUUAACUCGCUGAUUAAGGGUUUCGCCAAAGGUAUGGACAGAGAUGGCGUCGACAAGGUGAUGCAUUUGAUGGAAGAAUUUGGAGUCAAACCAGAUGUCAUCUCGUAUAGCACCAUCAUGAAUGCAUGGAGCACAGCAGGAUUCAUGCAGAAGUGCAAGCAAAUCUUUGAUGACAUGGUGAAGGCCGGCGUAAAACCCGACUCCCAUGCACAUAGCAUUCUUGCUAAAGGCUAUGUGCGUCACAAGAGCUUGACGCAGAUGAUUAACUCGGGAGUCCGACCAAAUGUUGUAUUUUUCACAACCAUCAUCAGCGGAUGGUGCAGUUUGGGUCGUAUGGAUAAUGUAGCCGGUGUUUUCGAUGAGAUGUGUGAAUUUGGGUCUCCAAAUCUGAAGACAUUUGAGACUCUAAUAUGGGGAUUUGGGGAAGCGAAGCAGCCAUGGAGAGCGGAAGAGAUGCUCCAAGUUAUGGAACGGUUCAAGAUUAAACCGAAGAAUUCUACUUUCUCUCUCGUUGCGGAUGCUUGGCGCGCUAUUGGAUUGACAAAAGAAGCGAAUAGGAUGCUGGCUGUUGUGAACAAGAAAAGGAAGAGCCAUAAAAUGGAAACAGAAAAAAAUCCAUUGAAGAGCUUAGAAAAGGGUCACCAAAAGAACUCUUCGAGUGCCUCCUACUCUAAUCUCUCGCAGAUACCAACUGCAUUUACUAAUACUGAAAAAGGGUCAUCUUCAAUAACUAAAAGAAGCCUAACGGUGAUGAGAGAGGGAGUUUCUUCCUUGGAAGGCUCAAUCUUUGGUACAAAAUCAUUUUUUCUUCCUUUUACUUGUAAAUUUGGGAAAAGCUUGCAAAUUAUAUGCCGAAAGCAAACACAAGGGCAGCUUGCCAUAUAUGGUAAGUUUGCACCUUCAUCUACGGUUGUAUUAUUGAACUGAAGGAAACACAGAAUCUGCUUUUCAGAAGCAAUAUGCAAUGAAGUCGCCGA